AUGCCGACUUCAAACUCUAAGGUGGCAGUGGUCACCAAGUGCAAAGCGCCCGUCGAGAUAUGGUCACAGACGGUACCAUCACCGCCAUCGGGAUGCAUCAACAUACGGGUUGAUCGAGCAGGAGUAUGUGGUACAGAUGUACACCUCUGGCGCGGGGAUGGAGGAGACGACCUGGAACCUUUCGUGCUCGGUCACGAAGGGGUGGGAACCAUCGUCGAGCUGGGUGAAGGUGUGACCACGGACCAUGCAAGCUAUCCUGUAGCUGUCGGGGACGUGGUAUACUGGAAUCCCAUCCGGCCCUGUCAUUCGUGCUUCGAGUGUACUGUGCAGCGCGAUUUGACGGGUUGCCCCAAUGGCGAGUUCUUUUCGCCUGCGAGCUUGCCGACUACGUGGGCGAGCUACGCGCAGAUUGCUACGCUUCAGAGAGGAAACGCUUUCUACAAGGUCGACAAAUCUGUGCCGUGUGAUGCCUUCAUCGCUCUUGGCUGCGCUUUGCCGACGAUGCUCCAAGCUUUGGAACAUCUUGGACCCAUCGAGAAAGAUGAGGCUGUGCUAGUUCAGGGCUGUGGAGCGGUGGGACUGGCGUCGAUCAUGCUGGCGCGCAUGGCGGGAGCUCGGAAAAUCAUCGCAAUCGAUGGUAAUCCUCUCAGGUUGGACAUGGCUCGACGUUUUGGUGCGAAUGAAACGCUGGAUCUGCAGUCUGCGGCAUCUAAAACUCAGGAGCUCAGGGCGAAACGGGUUCAUGAGCUUACGGGGCCAAGGGGAUUAUCCUUAGCCAUCGAAUGCACUGGGCGAGCAGAAGCUAUGGAGGAAGGGCUUCCUUUGCUGGCCCGUAAUGGAAGAUACCUAUGUGUCGGCACGUGGGCUGGGAGCGGGGUUGUGGCAAUCUCGCCUUUCCAGAUCGUGCGCAAGGCACUGAAGAUCAUUGGAACAACUUAUGCGUCACCAGAGAACUACUUUCAAGCCGCGAGAUUGGUCGAACAAAAUCAUCAUAUCUUUCCCCUGGCUGAAUGUGUCACACACCGGUUCUCUCUCGAAGAUACCGAGAGGGCAUUCGAAGUGGUAGCGUCGGGCAAAGCAAUCAAGGCUGUAGUUGAGCCGCAGACGCAGGAGUGA